AUGUGUGUUUGAGGGAGAGCGAGGGAGAGAGUGAAAAGGAGGGAGGGAGAAAUAUAAGAGACAGAAAUAGAGGGGAAGGUAACACAGCAGAUUACUUCCCUGCCAGGCUCACCAUGUUUCUGUUGCAGACUGUGACUGUUAUUUCUCUGACUGUCAUUCUCCUGGGCUCGGUGGAAGGUAACGGGGUACAGAUGCAGAGAGAUGUUCAGUGCUGUAUGCAGUACUCCCAGGGGAAAGUGCGCACCAAAGACGUGCUGAGGUUUGAGGUACAGACGGAGGGGCCAGACUGCAGUAUAAAAGCCAUCAUACUGUACACCAAGAAGGCGGUGAAGUGUGCUGACCCCAGAGACCGAAAGGUCAAGAGGUUACUGAGGAAGCUGCUCCAGAGGCAGAGGACCAAAGCACAUAGGAUCAUGUGGCUCUACCCACAUGGCAACCUGCCAGUCAUGUCGGAGGUGGGAAAUAUGCACUGUGUUUAUACACAUAGGGCUCAAUUCAAUCUAACCCACAUUGCAGUUAUACUACAUUAAGAUACUACAUAAACAUUCCUAUGGUGGGAGUGAUUGAACAUCCAAAAGGCUUUAUUAGAAAGAGUGGAAAUAUUAGCUUUAUUCAAAAGUGUGCUGUAGACUUUCCCCCUGAUUAUGUCUCCAUAGACAAUGGUUUUCCACAUUUGAAUACAGUGCUGAACAGGUUUAUUUUCUCUCUCAGGACAAGAAGGAUGGGUGGGAUGCCUUCCAUGUGGAAUGAGUGUGAGGUUGUUGUUACCACAGGAGAAUUAUUGUCAUAGGUGACAUCUGUUCUUCCUUUUACUCCAGCAAUAUUGUAUUGUCUCUGUUAUGACCUAAAGUAGCUAACGUUUAUGGUGCACUGAAAUUCCCCUUAAAUUGCCCUUUGGGGACAAUAAAGAUGUAUUGAACUGAACCGAACUCUCUCUCCUGUCAUUGCAGGCCAAGUAAACUUCCAGCGGCUUGUCAUCCUAACUCAGCCAAGCUUUCUGACUCUCCAGUCGUCUCGUGUCACUAUCUGCCUGGGAGUGUGGUGGCUGAGCUGUCAUUGCCAUACAGUCCAUGAGAGGUUUUGAUAUAUAGAUAAAUGUAUUUUACACUGACUGUCGCUAACUAUGCCAAAGUAUUUGCUAAGUAUUUCUGAUUACUCUAUCCCAAGAAACCAGUCUUCACCGUCUAUGUAUACCUGUUAAAUUUCAUAGAGGGCUUGUUCUCGCCUGAAACACAAUGUAAUGUAGAAAAAUGCACUGUAUGUUUAAACACGACAUCUGAAGUGGAUCUUUUAUAAAUAAAUGAACCUGAAAGAA